UAUCGGCGCAACUACCACUUUCCCCACUUUUGCCAAACAAGCACUCUCUAUGGGGAACUCAGCGUUCUGUGCGCCUUCGAUGGCCUCCAAUGGCGCCGCGAAGGUCUUAACCUUGGACGGAAACUUGCAGAGCUUCACGAAGCCAGUGAAGGCCGCUGAAUUAAUGAUCGAGCAUUCCGGAAAAUUCCUCUGCGAUUCCGGCGAUCUCAAGGUCGGCCACCGGAUUCCAGGCCUUUUGACGGAGGAGUAUCUUGAGGGCGGCCGAUUGUACUUUCUACUUCCGAUGGAUCUUCUUUAUUCUGUGUUGACGAUCGAGGAAAUGAGUUCUCUCACCUACAUCGCUACGAAGGCUCUGAAACGUGGAAAUUCAAGUGGAUUUGGAAGGAUCUUCCCUGUUUUGAUCAGUGAACUCUGUAUUUUUCCGUCGGAUGUCAAUGGAUUGAAAUCGGCGGAUGGCGAUGGAGAGAAUAAUCAAAGUUCAAAGCCGGUGCAGAGAUUGAUGUCGAAACAGAGAUCGUGGAAGCCGGCGCUCGAAACCAUUGCUGAAACUUCGUGCACAUAGAAAGAAAGAGGAUCGCAAUCGAAAUCGCAAAUAUGUGUGAGAUUAAUUACAUUACAAAUAAUGCAUAGCAUUUUUGCUUCGAUAAUCGUAGAUAUAAUAAACAUCGGAAAUUUUAUCCAUUCUUCAUAGAUAUAUAUCAUUGUAUAUAUUGUGAAGUGAUGAGGGGAUGCACGUCUUUUUCUGAACAUUUUCCUUUUCCUUUUCCUUUUCCUUUCGGAUAUUGUGUAGAAUUGACUUUCAAUGGAAAUGGAAAAGUCUAAG